AUGGGCAGACCCCGCCUUGCUGCCGCCUAUGCCACGUCGUCGCCGCUCGCCCCGCAAACGCCCGUCGGAGGCGACAUCAACAACAUCAAGUCCGAGACCAACCGGCUCGAGAAAACGCUCAACAAGUUCUGGACCAAUGUGGACGCGCGGCUCAACCCCGAGCUCGGCGCUUAUGAGAUCUGUCUCGAUGGCAAGCCGCUCAAAACGCCCUUGGGCAGCAAGCUCACGAUCCCCCAGGCGAAAAAGCAGUUGGCGUACUUGGUCAGCCACGAGUGGGACAGCUUGUGCGACCUCAAAAUCAGGCCCAACUCGUUGCCCUUGACGUCCAUGGUGUCUCGGGCCGUGGACUUGCAACUCGUGCACCAGGCCAAAGAGGUGGACGCCAACCUCGUGGCCAAAAUCGGCGACUUGCAGGACAUCAAGCUCAACAUGUUGCGCUACUUGGACACGGACACGUGCUUGAUCUUCACCACGGAAGACGACAACGAGGGCCGCUUGAGAAAGAGGCAGCUCGAGUUGUACCGCCCGUUGAUCGCCGAGUACGAGUCCUUCUUCUCCGAGUUUGCCAGAAAACACCGUCUCUUGCCUGCCGACAGCCCCGGCGUGGAGUUGCAGUUCUUGGACUGCGAGACGGACGGGCUCUGCGGGAACAGCCAGAGCAUCUCCACGCAAAACGUGGUGUUGCAGUGGUUGGACCGGCUUCCCAUCUAUGACCUCGUGGCGUUGGAGAAGGCAAUUCUCUCGUCCAAGUCGUUCUUGUGCGGUGCCACGGUGUUGCGUUCCAAUACCACUGACGAGAAAACCGUCCCCGACUUGUACCAAGUGAACAAACAGUCGCCGGACACGUACUUCCGCAAGUCUGUGGAGGAAAUCGUGGAGUUGGGCAACUUGGAGACCAUUUUCCAGACCGCCGAGUGGGGCGAGGUCGAGGACACGCACGAUGUGGACAAGGCCGACUGGUUGCGCAACCUCUCGUCGGCUGCCCUUUUGUGCCGCUAG